AUGUCAGAUGUUUUCACUCAACUAGUCAUCAUUAACUGCUGGCCAGUUUCUGCCAACGAUCCCAACCUCUCCAAGCAACGAAACAAGUCCCAGAGCCCUCUACAAAUCAGUGCCAUACUCUACGGCAGAGCCUAUGGCCUCGUCUCCAAAAAUAUAGCAGAGAAGCUUUUGGGGACAAGCGAGAAGCAUACUUCCGGGCUCCCCUCUGUGGUAGAAAUCUCCUGGGCUCUAUCUGGCUCUGAACAGGACUUGGAGACGAGCCAGGUUCAUAUCAUUCCUGGGUUAGAGCAGGACCUCGUCCUUGGUGAUAACCCCGAGGAACUGUACCAGAGUGUCCACCUCCCUCCCCCAGCACAUUCCCAGGGACCUGAACCAGAAGGGCAAGGGUCAAGUACCUCCUGUCUAGAGGAAACCCUGCCCUUCCAAUUCAACACCUGGGAAGACUUUAAGAGUCAAGGCAUAAUCCUCAAGAAUCAACAAUCUCAAGAAACUCUCGAGCGGCUAUUGGCUCGCUGCCGCACAAGAGCCCAAAACCCUCCCCACCUCAAACCCGUAGCUUCAGAGUCAGAACAGCCCGAAGGACUAUCAAAGAUUAGCACUGAUUCCUUGUGCGGCUCUUUUGAUAUCUCCUCCAGCACGUCUGAUUCAGAUGGGAGAUGGAUCUCGCCGCCCAACGACAAAUUGCACAGAGAGAGGACUUCCUCGCUGCAACCUUCGGACUUUGCUAGUAUGGUCGACCCCGGUGAAAACAUUGCCUGGGAGUUGUCAACUGAAGCAUCUCAAGUUCUUUCUCACAGUUUUCAAUUCCAAGGCUGGUCUCUGGUAGACACAACCUCAGCAGAUACCCAUCCAAGUACCCCUGAAUUGGUGGAAGAUCAGAACACUACCCAUGAGUCUCAGAACGACGAUUUCGCCACGCACCCGGGUCAUCAAUUCUGGGAAUGGGACGUUGAGAGACAACUUUGGCGUCGAAAAGGUCAGGACGGGCCGGACGAGAGAGACUGGUUUGAAAUCCCUCAAUAA